AUGUUGCGUCGAGGACUUCGAAUUAGAGUAUGCUUACAAUGCUAUAAAGAAGGAGGACUGGAAAGACGCUGGUGUGCAAGUGCACAGCAUUCCAAUGACCGACUUUUUUGGUUCCGCUGGGAGGCCACAGAUAGAUUCUGCAGUGCAGUUUAUCGACUCAGUCGCUGCCAAAGGAAAAUCUGUAUAUGUGCAUUGCAAGGCAGGAAGAACUCGCAGCGCAACUGUAGCCGUGUGUUAUUUGAUGAAGUCACGAAAUUGGAUGCCCAAUGUGGCUGUGGAAUAUCUCAAAUCAAAGCGGCCUCAGACGGUUUUGAGGAAUGCGCACUGGCGAACGGCUAA